AUGUUCAUGUAUGUUGUAUUGGAUUUAAGGCGGAAUAGUUGGGCACAGCUGAAGAACCCUGGAGAGCUAUGCAACAAUAUCCUGGUGUUAGUCAACACAUUCAUAAGGAUGUCAUACGACAAUAAAGCUAUUGUAAUCAAUAAUAGGUCGCAGAAAGUUUAUGAUCACGACCAUCCAGUAGUAGAUGAAAAAGAUGAAAAGAUUGUCAGUGAUAUUUUUGAAUACAAUGAUAUCGACAAUAUUGCCAAUGACAUAGGAUAUACCCUUACCAUAGCUAAAAACACAAGCAACAACAGAAUUAUUAUUAUCUCAUUGUCAAGAGAGAAUAACAAGGAUUAUCUAAAAUAUCUGAAAUCAGCUUUUGUUGCCAAGAGAUACAGCGAUAGAUACAAUAUAUCUGUAUUAAGCCACCAUAAAAACCCGGCUCUUUCGGAAAUCGGAUGUUUUUACAACAACUUCGCACUAAGCACAUUUUUACAAAUACUGAGUGGUAAAAAACCACAAAAAAUUUUCUUCUGCUCCACAAAAUGCAGCUGCCAUGAUAGAGAAAUAUUGUACGGAUUGGUGUGCCCUGUUUGUCUAUCGAUAUACUGCUCACUAAUUCCGAUAUGCAAGAGAUGUCGAAUCAGAUUUAACUUCAAGAAAUAGCAUGAACUUAAAAAGUUUAAAAAGUGCUCUCGGAACCAUCGUUUGAUCACUCUUUUUCUAGAACUGGUUGCUUGCCAUUCAUGGCCUGUAAAUAAAAAAUUAUUCUAAGAA